AUGCCGACGGACAACAAUGCCAUCUCAUGGCGAUGGACACUUGCACCGACAGCCCAAGACACUAAAUUCGUCCAAUACGAUUCGGCUUCUGCGCCAUCGUCUACUUCGUACUCGGACGACGCGGCCAUGCUCGUCCCAUCCGACGACCAACACGCCGCGUUGGCCGACCGCAAUCAAAUGCUCAAUUUUGGUCGACCAGGAUACGAGCACGAGUGGGCCCCCACUGAACACCAAGCGUCAGAAACCCUCGCUAUGUCCACAGAAAUGGCUUCUCCACUUGCCCUGGCCAGAGCGUGGUCGGAAGAGCUGGUGCAGAGCUUGUGGACACCCCCGCAAAUGAACUCCCAGGUCGCCCUGGAAGGAGCUGUCGUUGUGGGUUUCGUGGCCAUUGUAGCGCUGGUCGUGACCCGCAUCUACAUCCCCUCUGCCCCGAUAUCGAUGUCGUCCUUCGGUGACCAAGACGACGAGUUCGACGAUGUGUACCACCCGCUUCUCUAG